CCCCCCCCCUCGCUCCCGCCCCCGCCCGUCUUGACAGUGCAUGCGGGCCAGUCGUCGGAUCGCAUCGCAUUCCGACGGGAGCGGGAUGUGACCGCGCCGGACGCCGUGUGUGUGUCUCCGAACCGUCCCCGGGAAGAAAUCUCGAUGUCCACCGUGACGGAGGGCGGGACUUGUCCCGACGGCUACCGGGCGCUGAGCACCGGCGAGCUGCGGGAGCUCCUGCGGGACGACGACAAAAUGGACCGGAUCAUCCGCCUGAAUGAGACGUUUCAGGAGCUCCAGGUGGACCGGGAGACGCUGCUGACCUCCAACCGGAGCGUGGCCGAGGAGAGUCUCGCCCGGCGGCCGCGCCUCAACAGCGGCAAGCUCCAACUGGCGGAGAAGUACCGGGAACUGUCCAACCUGGCAACCGCAUGCUGGGAGAAACAGAGUCAGCUCGACGCUCGUGUCCAGAAGCGCAGCCCGCAGACGGUGCAGAACCUCCUGCAGGAGGAGGUGGCGCGCGCUGAGGAGCAUUCAGAGGAGCUGCUGGAGAAGUUCAUGGAGGGGAACGUGAGCGUGGACGAGUUCCUGGACGCGUUCCAGAGCUCCAGGAAGACGUACCACGUCCGCCGGGCGCAGGCGGAGAAGACGCAGGAGAUCGCCCAGGCCACGCGGCAGCCGUGCAAAAGCAAGCGGGGGGGGGAGGAGAGUAGAGUCCCGGAGGUGAAGAGGGACUCGGAGCCGCCGCCGCCGGAGCCUCAGCGGCCCAACGGCUUCGUGGCACAAGGACCGUUGCGAGUGUUCCAGGUGCGCUACGGCCUCACGCCGGCCAUCCUCCUCCCGCACUACCCCGUGUCUCCCUCGGCCCCGGCCCAUCAGGGCAGCGGCACCCCCCCGCCGGAACCCCAGCCGGGACAGACCCACAUCCUCAGCCCCGGCACGCCGCUCCCAGGACACGGCCAGCCGGUCGGCCUCAGGGUCAUCGGGCAGCUAUCGGGCGGCUGGCCGGCUAACGGGCGGCCGGUACGAGUGCAGCAGCUUUACAGGCCCAACCCUCAACAGCCCGAGCCGCCGUUCCGGUAAGUUCGAGGAGGGCCGGGGGGGGGGGGGGGGGGGGGGGGGGGAGGAGGGGGAGGAGGAUGAAGAAGAGGAGGUCUACCAAGACGAGGAACCAAACGGGGGCUGUCACAAAUCACGUGAGCAAAGACUGGACCCAGAGGCAGGCGGCGCCGCCGCCGCCGUCCGUUCCUGUCCUCCGUCCACGACGCGCAACUUUCAACCAUCAGAGGGAAGCGAGCGGAGCAGAGGGAGAGGCGGCAGACCGCCGGGACGGGGGCGACUCGGGGUGCGAUUCCAUAGCUGGAGAAACGCUCCAUAAGCUCCAACGCCACCAAACCUCACGAUGAACCUUUCGCCCCCCCCCCCUGUUCCUUUUUCUUAGUUGUAAAGAUUAAUGGAAAACGCACAGAGAGCGGGACGUCGUGAGGAAUCGUUUAUCAAAUAUCAUCACAGUUUCCUUCCAACUUUGGGGAAACAUUUUCCGUUUAAGUGAGGGACGUUCUGAAACGCUGUACGUGAAAAGGCUUAACGUGAUCAAUAAUCACCUAAUUUCUCUCAGAUAUGCUUCGUCAUAAAACCUUCGCCUGUCAAAAAAAUCUAACUCGAAAACCUAUAAUUAUGGACAUUAUCUUACAUUAAGGCUUUUUCCCAAAAGAAGUCAUUAACAGGAAAAGGUUAAUGACGUGACUUAAUGUAAGAUAACGUCCAUAACUAUAGGAUUUAGGCUUAGAUUUUUUGACAGUGGUACGUGUUUAUGACGAAGCAUAUCUGAGAGAAGUUUGUUGAUGAUUGAUCGCUGCUUUGGCACGUUGAGUCACGUUUAAGCCUUUUAUACGUAAAGUGUUUCAGAACGUCCGUUUGAGUAGCGACAUUUACUUUCAUACAAAAGGCAAACAUCAUUCGACACGAUAUAAAAUCUGCCACGAAAUCUGAAUAAAACCGAACUAAAAAAAUUCAAAAUCACAUUUUUAAUACAAAUCAUUCGUCUGAAUAACUUCACGUCCGCGGCUUCAGUCGACUCCAGUUGUUAAGUCAAACGCGUCGGAUGCAUUUCACUGAAGAGUUUCCUCGUCCUUCACUUGAAUUCAAUGAAACGCCAUCGAGCCCCGACCCCUAGUCUUAUUUUUAAUUUUAACAUAUUUUUCAUACGUUCAAAGCUGAGGGAUGUGAAGCACAUCGACGAAAGGAAGAAACCUGUAUGUCAUUGUUCGUUCAGCGAGAGGCUGUGUGUGUGUGUGUGUGUGUGUGUGUGUGUGUGUGUGUGUGUGUGUGUGUGUGUGUGUGUGUGUGUGUGUGUGUGUGUGUGUGUGUGUGUGUGUGUGUGUGUGUGUGUGUGUGUGUGUGUGUGUGUGUGUGUGUGUGUGAUCACCCAAAGCCUUCAGCCUUCUCGUGCAAUUUCACGAACAGUGUCGCCGCUCACACGUCGGCGAGCCAUUUUUAUUUAUUCAUGUAAAUCCUACUUUAAAUGGCUGACUUCAGAGAUCCUCGUUCGCCGAGCUAAAUGGAGAGAGCGAGCGGCUUCUCCUUCACAAGGCAGACGGUAUAUUUUAUUUUAAUUUCUAUCCCCCCGCCCCCACUCGGAACUGAGCUGCAGAGAGAAGAUGGAAUUUAAUCUCUAUGAGAAAAAAACCCAUCGGGAGCAGUUCUUCCCCCGUCUUCCUCUUUCUCACCAUCCGUCCUUCAGCAUCUAAAGGGAAACGCUCUGGAUUGUAGUUAUAACGUUUGUGCUCAUUAAUAACUCAUAAGUGCAUGCUUACAGUACGACAGCUCCACUAAGUACAUGAAAAUGCCUUUUUUCGUAGGCCGGUGCCCAGCUGCAUAAAGAGUCCUGACAAAACAUUCUUCAUAUUUCUACUUUCAAACAAGUUGUUCACAUUUAAAUUACGUUGUUUUCCUGGGAAAUGUCUCAAAGUAUGAAUUGUAAACAGAUGUCAAGGCUCUGAGGAUUUCUUUAUAGGGUAGCUCCUUUCUUUUAUAUCUUACAACUUGGGUGGCAUUUAUUAACUUUGGCCAUAACUUCCUCCGGCUCAAGGUCGACUGCUGAGGUCUGUGGACGUGGCUGCAUCACUCAAAAGAACACAAAGGGAUUUCUGCAUCUGAAUUUGGCCUAUUGAAUUUGAGCAAGUCAAAUUUAUUUGAAAUGAAUUUUUUAUAGUGACUUGAAUUUUUUUCAUCAUAAAUCUAUGAACAUUGGAAAAGUGAAAAUCCGUUCCCACACCGUGUCUUUUUCAGUUCUUCUUGGUCUUAAUGCUAAGCUAAGCUAACGGCCGCCGGCUGUAGUUUCAUAUUUAAAGUGCAGACGUACGUGAGUGAACUCCGGAUGUAACUGGGCGCCGGCUCCAACCCAACAUGCAGUUCUGUGUCCACUCAGGGUCUCUAGAGGAAAAACAAUCAAUACAUGUGGUGCCGCUUCUUAAACCUGUCGCAGACGGACCCGUUGAGACACACACACACACACACACACACACACACACACACACACACACACACACACUCUUUUACAGGUGCAUGUCAGAGAGACUCAUGACAUCGAUUCACCUUUGACAUUCCAUCGUUGCAUUGAGAUUUGACCGAAUGUUGUAAUGACAAUAACAAUAAAAAAAAAAAAAGCUUGUACUACA